CAGCAAAACAACCCCGGCAGAGGAUUUUAUGAAUGAAUGAAAUCUACACGUUCCUGAAAUAAAUCCUCUGUUAACAAGCUAACAGGCUAACAUGCUAACAGAGCCAUUAGAGAACAAUGGAGGGAGCUAAAUGGCUAACAGGCUAAUUUUGGUGAAAGCUAACGUCAGCAGCGAGUCUCCUAACAGCCAGUCCAGGUAAAGCGUUGGAAACACCUGUCUGAGGGUCUGACUCGGUCCCGGCAGCAUGCAGGCAGAGUUCCGGGCCCCGAAGAGGAGAGCCCGGGUCUAUGAGGAGUACGAGGCCCCUCUGCCGGUCAACCAAAGUCCUGGAGAGAGGAGAGACCUCAGGGCAGAGAUCCUCAACCAGCACGUGAUAGUCUGUCACCCAGAAGACAUCAACAGGAUCUACAGCCAGGGUUAUUUCGGUAAAGGCGUCCUGUCCAGAGCCAGACCGGAUCACAGCAUCUCUGACCAAUGGGAGCAACAUGAAGGUGUGAUGCUUCCUCUCAUUUCACAGGCCAGGUACGAUGAGCUCCUCCAGUGGGCGGGCUUUACCCUCUCUGCUCAGGGAUUGGAUAAAGACUCUGUCAGUCAAACUUUAGAAAGACUUUCCCAGCAGGUAGAGAUGGAGGCGGUGAGGGGGAAGAUAGGAGGAGAGGAGAACGGUCAGAGGGAGGAGGAUGAGAAAGAAGAGGAGCCAGAAACAGAUGCUGGAGCCGGUCCUCAUGCCAAGAGGUCACUUAUGGAAGGGGAGGAGCCAGAAACAGAUGCUGGAGCCGGUCCUCAUGCCAAGAGGUCACUUAUGGAAGGGGAGGACGAACCAAAGAGCAGAGGAAGCUGCAGAAUGGAGCACCAACACCUGAGCCCUGAACACGACACAGGCUCUGACUCAGACUCUGGUUCAGAUCCUGAUUCUUUGGUUCCAGGUCCAGGUUUUGUCCUUGUGGUCUCAGACAGUGAGGAGUGUAAGGGGGUCAGGACGGUCCGCCGGUCUCCGCUGUCUCUCACAGAGUACCUGCAGCUCAGUCUGGAGGAGGCCUUCUUCCUGGUCUACAGUCUGGGCUGCCUGUCCGUCUACCUGCACCAGGAGCCCCUGUCCAUCCUCCAACUGUGGAGGAAGUUCCGGUCCAUGCGGCCCGACUUCGUCAGCUCUUUUGCAGCCUAUCAGCACUUUCGCAGCAAGGGAUGGAUCCCUAAACUAGGGGGUGGAGCCAAGUACGGCGUUGACCUCAUGUUGUACAGGAAAGGUCCACCUUUCUACCACGCCAGUUAUUCGGUGGUGAUUGAGCGGGUGGAUGAUGAGUUCAGGGGCCAUGGGCUGCGUCAGUUUUCGUGGCGUUCUUUGGCCGCUCUCAGCAGAAUCACUGCUAACGUCUCCAAGGAGCUGAUGUUCUGUUACAUCAUCUACCCAGCCGACCUAUCAGAAGCUGAGCUGGACUCACCUGUGUGUCUGAGCAGGCUGAAGGUUCAGGAAGUGAUCGUCAACCGGUGGGUUUCAUCCAGAGAGCGAGCAGAGCAGGACGACAUCUGAGGGGAGGAGUCGGACGCUGAAGAUGAAGAUGCAGAGAGGCGCAGGAGUAAAGUUUCAGACAGACGGGGACAGCAGACGAGGAUAACUUCCUUUUUUCUUGGACCACUGAGGAGAAAAGACGGCAGACAUCAGCACUGAAUGUGUUUUAAGCUGUGUUUAUUUUGGUCUAAUGAAACUAUGAGUAAAUGUGUCCAUUAACAACCUUUUUUCUAUUAAAAAUGCAGGAUGUAAACAAGCUAA